AUGAAUUCAACAAUCACACCAUUUGAAAAUGAAUUGCCAGGCGACAAAUUAUCGGACCAAAUUGUUACCAAUGUGAUCGUCUCAUUCAUUCUAAUGAUAAUUGCUCAAAUCAUCGCAAUUUAUUUGAACUCCGCCUUAAUUAUCACGACAUUUCGGACAUACAAAAAGGAAUAUCAGUACCCCUAUUACCCAUUGCUAUUCCUUAUAAUACUCAUUAAUAUAAUAUUCACAUUUCUAACCGGUUUGAUUAUAUUUCUAGUCAUAUUUGAUACCGACAAUGAGGGAAUCGUCAAUCUGAUCCCAAUCCCAAUCCUCAUCGCCACAUCCCAUCCGACGCUCAUCGCCAUCCUCGACUUCCUCCUCUGCCUCCAUCGCUUCUCGGUGAUUUUUUGGCGUUCGAGCUUCUUGUCGAUUCGCAUCCGCUGUUGGGCGCCAUUAUUCUUCGCCGUCAUUCUGCCAUUCGUUCUCGUCGUCUCGAUUAUGGCGACGAUGUACGCCGGAUUUCAAGCGAAGCGCGUCGACAUCGAUGAGAGUCUCGAGCUGCUUGUUGCCGUCUGCUUCAUCAUCGAUCUGGCCAUCAAAGGGGUUCUUGGAGUCGUCACAUUCAUCGGCUAUUCGGCGAUAUUGUGCAAAAGUGUGAGGCAACGUCGAAAAAUUGGCAGAUCAAUUGAUUUCACUAUAAUCAAGCAAGCUUUUCCCAUCGCUUGCUUCCAAUUUAUAACGAGCAUCAUCAUAAUCAUCAUUCAUAUUGGAUUAUCGAAUAUAGCUUGGGGAAUGAUAAAAGUCUACAUUGCCAAGUAUCUCUUCACACAGCUUCUCUGUAUUGUCGUUCCGCUUUCGAUAAUCUUCGGCAAACGGGAUCGCAAAAAAUUUGGCGAUCUCAUCAUUUGCCAACGACGACGCGCUCAAAUCGGCUCGACGUGGACAUCGGAGAAUGCGGCCUAG